UAAAAUAAGAAACAAAUAUCACAUGAAGUUGUAAAAAUAAUACCUGUUCAAAAUUACCAACAAUGCGCUUGUAAUUUUUGGACAUGCAACUUGCCAACAAGCAUUCAAAGUACCCGACCACCAAUCUGGGUUUGCAAAUGACCCGAGGAAAUCCAGUGCACACAUGUACGUAUUCCCGAUCCGAGUCCGUAUAUUGAUUUGUAUCUUUUUAGGAUAGUGGGUUGUGUAAUGGGUUACAUACGUAUGCGAAGACAAUUUUCUAGAAAACGUAACCAGCGCUGACCCUGUAUCCUUUUUUAUACCAGUUCAACUGGUGCUUUCAUUAACGGUUCUGAGGAAUACUUCCGCAAACUAAUAUAUAGCUGCAGAGUGCGUUUUCAUAUACCGUUUAGCAAAUUAGAAGCAGCAACCACACUAGGCAACCAGAAGAAUGUUAUGCACAGCAGUUGUGUUCUUCGCCUGCAUCAUUAUUGUCUCCUCCGAAAUUACAGGUUUGCACAAUGGAGGGUUUGAAGGAAUGGUUGCAUCAACAACAAACAAAGCAAGAGUUGAAGUUGGCUACAAUUUGUGUUUAAAUUCGAUACCGUAUCAUGCGAUUGCAACGGCUACAAACAAAUGGGACAGCCAGCAGUACCUCGAAUUCAACACUACGAUACUAGAAAUAAAACAGGAUCGUCUUGUGGUCGAAGUGACAAGACUUGACCAAAAUUCGGGGUGGGAUGGAACAUUAAUUCGCUUCGAAUGGACAAUUUACAUGAAUCAUCCGGGCAGUUGCAAUGACCUUCGCGGGAUCGAGCACAAGGAUAAAGUUUACAUGAUCACUGAUUCUGACGGACUGGGGUAUCCUGUAUACUGUGACAUGACAACAAAUGGCGGCGGUUGGACAUUGGUUGCAAGUAUCCACGAAAACGACAUCAAUGGCAAAUGUACAACAGGCGAUAGAUGGUCAAGCGAACACGGAAAUUCUGCCGAGCACCCGCAUGGGGAUGGUAACUGGGAAAACAACAACACAUUUGGUGACGUAACACAUGCAGCUAGUGACGACUACAAGAACGCCGCUUACUUUCAGCUUAAUGGCAGUGAUGUAAUGAUAUGGCAUGUACCGAACAACACAUUGUUACAACGCUACAAAUCAUCGUCCUAUUUUCGCUAUCGUACAAACAACGGUUUCCUUUCUAAACAAGGCGGGAACUUGCAAACUUUAUUUCAAAAGUUUCCUUUAAAAGAUAACAAAUACCCAAAAGGUGACAACGGACCAUCCUCGAGCGUUGUCUUCGAUAAAGGAAGCAAAAAAAACACUGUAACGGAAUUUGGCACAUCAACACAAGGAGAAGUAGAACCAGGUUACAUUCAGUUUCGAACUAUCAAUUAUGAACAAAGCGCAUUUGCCUUAUGCCUUGGUGUUAAAUACCGGACGAAUAAUUACAAUACGGAACACGCCUGCGUUGGGGGGACAAGCUACCACGACGGGCCCUCUGAUACGAACUUGUACUGUGGCGAUUAUUCAGCACUGGAAUUUCCAAUCUCUGGGUGGAAUGCUACUCAACAACUAAAGACUUCUGUGUUCAUGGUAUUUUAUCGUUAACAGUAAACGAUGAAAGUAAAAGUAGUAAUUUAUAUCUAUCUGGAUAAAUAUCUUGUUUUCCAACCGUUUUCGGCAUAUAUUCUCCUAAAGAAGUUAUAUCCCGAUUUAAAAAUGCCACAAGCUUUAUUUUCAUUGUUUUACACGUUUUUUUAUUGUUGAGUCACAUUUGUCGAUGUAAAUAAUAAACGACUCAAAAAUAUAAACACACGUAUAUAUAUGUGUUCAUGAUAAUUAAUUUUACCCCCAUAUCAUUUAUGUCUUUUUUACGACAGGUCACAGUUGCAUGAAAUAAAACAACAAUAAUAUAUUGUGUUGUUCCCCCACCAAAGCAUAAAUAAUUUACAUUCGUUUCUUGAUACGGCGUUAUUGCCCAAAUAUAAGACGUUGUAAA